AGUGGUUGCGUUCAUUCCUUCCCAUAAUUUGAAACAUUGAACAGCUUCAAUACCGCAGCCACAAAUCUAUAAUUGUUGAGAAKUGCGCAUCAGCCCUYACUAAACAAACGAUGAAACUCUCGACCAUUUGUCACCUCAACUUCGGUUUUAUCGCCAUGGCGCCUUCCAUUGUCCUCGCAGUCUCCGAGGUAUGUAUUUCAUUGCGAUGCAUUGAAUUUGUUGACACGGCAAAAUGUCGCAUUAUUGAAAUUGAUUGCCCUGCUUGUUUUGGUGCAUGUCUGUCGCAAAUAUGAUGCCUCACGGAGCUAGAACGAUGGUCGUAUCACAUUUAUGAUUUUGUGGCGUUUGUCUCYUGUGCAGAAACGCGACGGAAAUCACGAAGUUGUACGCCACCGAAAGCUAGAUCAAGGAGAGGAAGGCCUCACACCCAAAUACGGAAAGUACGGAAAACAUGGAAAACAYGAGAAACUCAUGAAGGGCAAGGCGGAAAAGGCUAUGAAGUUCGGCAAGARGGAGAAGGAUUCGAAGUACGGCAAGAAUGRUAAGAAGGAAAAGGCCGAGAAGUAUGACAAGCAUGAUGGGCAGGAAAUGAUCGCAAAACAUGCCAAGAAAGARAAGAUGGAAAAGAAGUACAAAGCUCAGCCGGAGCACGACGACGACACUCCCUACCAAGACGAUUAUUUUGAAAUGGAUGACUACUACUUUGAGGAGGAAUAUUGCAUUUUCGAUGAGUUUCGUCCCCUCGCCGAUGGCACCGAGGUGUGCGUUUCCGAGUUUCUGGAAAAAACGUACCUAGACAUCGAUGUUGAYGACGCGAUGGACUGCACCGAAAGYAUCGAACUGACCGCCUGGCACAAAUACACUGCAUGCUUUGCGUUGGAAUAUUACGAACCUAGCGUUUGCAACGAGUUGUUCUACCGAGCCGAAGAAAUGUACCUUUGUUUGAUGGAAGCGAACGGGUGGCCCGACGACGACUGGCACUACGAGGACGACAUGUACUACGAGGAYGACAUGUACUUUAACGACGACUUUCACUAUCAUGACGAUGGCGACUGGGAACAAGAUGAUUAUUAUUCUAGAUGCGUCUUUGAUUUCGAUUACCAACAGCAUAUUAUCGGUUGCGUGGAAUCUUUUUCAGAUUCCCUUGCUUUGGACAGCGUCGGCUAUUUGAAUUGCACCCUUGACUUUUAUUCAGACUAYUAUGAGAUAUGCUAUUACGGUGAAGAGAUCGACCSUUCGACCRACACGACCUGCAACGCGUUCGAGAAGUGCGAGGCCAUAAAGAACGCUUUCGAAUACUGUGACUACGGUGCCUCAGUUGAUUAUGUCGAAAUCUUGGAAGAGCAGCUCGAUACGAGCUAUGUUUUGGACACUAUCMAUAACGGCACAAUUGACUUGGAUGGUGCCCUUGUCGCUCUCGACGGCUACACCAACUCGAGCGAGAUGACCGAAUGGGAAUGGUCAGACAACCUUCAAUGCGUGGAAUCCUAUUUUGCCCCGUACAUCGAYGGAUAUUGCUAUCUGGGAGACGAAAUCGAACUUCUUGGCGGUUGUAUCAGCACGUUYGCGGGCGCCUUCGACGACCUCGAUGCGGAGUCCCUUAUGAAUUGCACCGAGAAUUUUUGGGAUGCCUUUUAUGRCCGCUGUUACUACUAUUACUACGAGAACGACCCUUUCACCGCCCCCGCUGUCUGCGAGCAGUUUGAACUAUGCACCACCGCUUUGCAAACCAUCGAAUACUGCUUUGGCGACAAMCUGGGAUACGGUUUCUCGAACUACAUCGAGGCCUUCGAAGUAGACCCGGAAUUUGGCCCGUUGCUYCAGUCGCUCUAUGACGGGUCUUUCAAUGCGCUGGAUGCGCUCGGGACCCUCUACGGUUAUACCGGGGAACUAACCAGCGAACCCGGAUGGGAAGGCUUUGUCCUUUGCAUCGUAGGUUUUURAGGAUUCGAUUGAAUCGCCAGGGAUCAAGCCGGCGUUAUUUUUGUAAAGGUCUGGAUUGGCCUAUGCCCUUUACAG